UACUUCAAACUCCUCAACUCUGCUUAAGCAAAAUCAAGGUUUUUAAACGUUGAUUUAUCUCUGGUGUGUGGUCCUUAAACUCAAGAAGAGCUAUCCUUGAUCUACACGAUGGGCAGGGAGGACCGAGCAACGUGGAAGAGUAACUACUUCAUCAAGUUAGUGCAACUUCUCGAUGAAUAUCCAAAAUGUUUUAUUGUUGGAGUUGAUAAUGUCGGAUCAAGGCAAAUGCAGCAGAUACGUCUCUCUCUCCGAAAACAUGCCAUACUUUUAAUGGGUAAGAACACCAUGAUCAGGAAAGCUAUUCGAGGGCAUAUGGAAAACAACCCAGCUUUAGAAAAAAUUAUCCCUCAUAUUCGUGGAAAUGUUGGAUUUGUUUUUACCAAAGAAGAUUUGGUUGAAGUAAGAGACAAAAUUAUGGACAAUAAAGUCAAAGCUCCAGCAAGAGCAGGUGCUAUAGCUCCAUGUGAUGUGAUCCUGCAACCACAAAACACUGGAUUAGGACCAGAAAAGACCUCUUUCUUCCAAGCCUUGCAGAUUCCAACUAAGAUUUCUAAAGGAACUAUUGAAAUAUUGGUAUAGAGUUUAUUUUUUAAAAUUUAUU